AUGUUUUUAAAUUUAAUUAUUCCAAAAAAGCCUCGCCGUCAAUUUCUUCCCCUAUCUUUGUCUGAAUGGGAUUUACAUUGCAGAAAUAAACGAAAAUAUUUAAAAUUAAAUUUGAAAAGAUCAAAAAGUUUGGAAAUUAAUUUAUUUAAUGAAGAAGAAAAUUUGAAGAAAAAUAAUUUAAAUAUUAAAUUCAGAAAUAGGGCUAUUACAACAACAACAAAUUAUUUAUUAUUACCUGAAAAAAGAAAAAGAAGCAAUUAUCUUUCUGUGGAGGAUAGAAUAAGUAUAUCUUCUUCAACAUGUUCAGCCCCAUCAUUUACACCCUUUUAUCAUCACAAUACAAUAGCUCAAAGAAUUGCUAAACGUUCAAAAUCCCUCGUAAAAUUAUUUAAUUCAUUAAAAUGUCAACGAAAAUCUUCAAUAAAUAAUGAAAAAAAUUUUAAUUAUUUUAACAAUAAAUUAGAAAAAAGAAAAUCUUUAUUAAAUGAGGAAAAGAAAAAAGAAAAACCUUUAAUAAUUACUAAAAGAAAAUCUAAAUUAAAUUUAAAUACAACAAAAGAAGUUAAUUGGCAACAAUUAUACCAAUCACGCUUAAAAUUAAAAAUGAGCUCCACAAAACUUUAA